AUUGAGGACCAAUGCCGACCAGAGGUGAAGGAAGCCGUGGAACAUUGCCACUGCGCCGGUAUGAAGAUCAAGAUGAUCACAGGUGACAAUGUCUCCACUGCAAGAGCCAUAGCCAUUAAAUGCGGGAUUCUCAGAUCGGGUGAUGAGGACAAGGAAGGAGUCGUCGUAGAAGGUGAGGUAUUUAGGAAUUAUACACUAAAGGAGAGGAUGGAGAAGGUUGACAAUAUCAAUGUUUUGGCACGAUCAUCUCCUUUGGAUAGACUUCUUCUGGUGCAGUGCCUGAAAUUGAAAGGACAAGUGGUUGCAGUCAACAGCAAAAAUGAUUCAUUGGUGCUUAAAGAAGCUCACGUUGGACUCUCUCUGGGGAUUCAGGGAACGGAAGUCUCCAAGGAAAGCUCCGAUAUCAUCAUCUUGGAUGAUAAUUUUGCAACCAUUGCUAUGGCUUUGAAGUGGGGAAGAUGCGUCUACAGCAACAUCCAAAAAUUCAUUCAGUUCCAACUCACCAUAACUGUUGCUUUUCUAGUUAUCAACCUUAUUGCAAUUGUUUCUACUCGCGCAAUUCCUUUAACGGGGCCUCAGAUUUGUUGGGUGAACUUGAUCAUAGGGGUGUUGGGUGCUCUGGCUCUGGCUACAGAGCACCCCACCAGUGAGUUGAUGGAGAAGCCGUCUGUUGGCCCAAUGGAGCGGCUUAUUACGAACAUAAUGUGGAGGAAUCUCCUAGCUCAAGCUCUUUAUCAAAUUGGAGCCCUCCUAAUGCUGCAAUGUAGAGGAGAACCAACCUUCGGUGUAACAGAGGCUAUGGAUAACAUCUUGAUCUUCCAUACUUUCGUUCUUUGCCAAGUUUUCAACGUUUUCAAUGCUAGGAAGCUUGAGAAGAAGAAUGUUUUCAAGGAUGUUUAUAAUAACUGGAAGUUUCUUGGGAUUGUUGGGAUUAUGAUUCUUCUCCAAGUGGUCAUGGUAGAGUUUCUGAGGCAGUUUGCCAAUACGGAAAAGUUGAAUCGGGAAGAGUUUGGCCCUACAGAAAAGUUGAAUUGGGUCAACUGGAGGACUUGUGUGGCCAUUGCUGCCAUCUCUUGGCCCGUUAGGACGAUUGUCAAGUGCAUACCGGUGCCACAACUCCGAUAAUAAUAAGCAAAUCUCAAGUGU